UUCACCACAGAACACACUGGUUAGUGAUUUCGCCUGUGGGAUCUUACUGUGCGAAAAAAACCCAAGAUGUUUCCUCUACCAGCACGCCCGUUGCAAUCCAUUCACUCUCACACUGACACCUCCCUCUAUCCGCACAAGUUUAUAUUUCAACAACUGUUCCUUUUGGUUUCAUACACUCCCACUCCGGCUCCCCUGUCCAUGCCCUUCACAGGUCGGUGCUCGCACACGAGAAAAAUUGUCACGGCUUGCUCGCUCAACGUUCUGCUGCUGUUCCUCAGCAACAACGUUCAUUCAUUUAGCGCCUUUGAAAUCCCAUGCUGCUUCACAGGGCCUUUAAUGGAAUGAGGUUCGUUGGGUGGUCGUGAGCUGCCUCUUCAAAACUCCUGCAAUCGGAGAUUCCAGGUGAUUGUAUGGCUGGAGAAGGUUACAGGGCAUUUAUUUAUGGAUGCUUCACCAGAGGACAAGCAGCUGAAAUCUCCUUUGUUUUGAAAAGUUUUAUAUUUUGUGCUUUGAAUGGGUACCUUCAAGGACACAACCUGAUCGAAUGUACGAAGUAUGAUAAUAGCUGGACCACUGACUUCAGAUUUUUGUUUGGACUGCUGCUGUUCUUACUGGGCAUGGCCUUCAAUAUCCAUAGUGAUCAUUUGUUACGGAAGUUGAGAAAACCUGGAGACACAAGUUAUAAAAUUCCUACAGGAGGAUUAUUUGAAUAUGCUUCUGCAGCAAACUACUUCAGUGAAAUUGUGGAGUGGUUUGGUUAUUCCAUUGCCACUUGGACCUUCCCAGCCUUUGCUUUUGCCGCUUUCACAGCCGUAUCCUUAGGAUCUCGUGCUGUGUGUCAUCACAGGUUUUAUAUGGAGAGGUUCCAGGACUAUCCAAAAUCCAGGAAGAUUUUAAUUCCCUUUUUAUUUUGAAGCAAUAAUUUAAAGCACUAACACUGUUGCAGAUUGCAAAAAUUAAUCUGCCUAAUUUGAUGCUAUAUUUUGAUUAUCUAAGAGCUAUACCUGAAAUAAAAUAUUUUAGCAAUGUAUCUACUAAUGACCUAACUUAACAGUUUUUCCCUUUUGAAUGAAAAUGUUUUAUAGCAAGGCUUUUGAUAUAAUAACGCAACAAUCAUUCUAUAUUUUGUAUGCAGUUGUCUUUCGCUUCAGAAACAAAAGGCACAAUUGUUUUUUGGGAUGGAGCAUGAGCUUUGGUUUGAGGUGGACACAGCAGGAGUGAAUGAGUGAAGCAUCAAAGAACAUAUGGCUGCACUUGAGUGAAGAAGGCAUUGACUUUCUCUGGAAGUACUGGGUAUCUUUCCAGAUGUUGAGGCUAUUCCAAUCAAGGUUGCAACCUUGGACAUGGUCUGGUGUCACAAUCUCCACUGGGGAAGAAGUCCCACAUUUGCACCACCAUGUCUAGCGGGAUCUCCAGGUCCCCGUCAGCAAAGCUGGAUGCCAAUUUUUCCCCCUGCAUGCCAUGUCCAAGGCAAAUUUCAGGAAGAGUGCUGGGCAGCUCAGGAUAAAAAGGGCUUGUUCAAGUGCACAACAGGAAUUAAAAGAUGACACAGACACAAGGAAAACCAAUCUGUCAGUGAGUAUCUCCUAUGUGGCAAGAUAUUCUGGGAGCAGCAGAGAAUUGGAUGUGUGGUCAUGAUAUAGGCAGGGUAAGAUAAUGAGACAAGUUUGGUGAGAUCGUGAGAUUCUUAUUGAGCCCCAGGGAGAUUCGUCUUAAAGGUCUCAAUUGGCUAAAAAAGUAACAUUCUGUCCAAAGCUGCUUUGUUUUUAUUGCUGCUGAUCUUUGUUUUAAGAGUGAUUUUAAAAUAGUGUUGAAACAUCUUGAAUGCAACUAAUUAGUGAAAUUCUAGCUGUAACCUCAAAAGACUACAUGUCCAGGUUCUACAUCAUGUGAUCAUAAAAUAAACAGUAGCCCUUAGUUCAAGAACAUCAGGAUUGAUUUAAGAAGACCAUUAGUCAGAAUGUGUUUUUGUUACUGAGCAGUUUAAGUAAUGUGCAAAUUAAAUGAUGUCAUUUUCUGCAA